GGGGGGGUGGUGCUGUUCUCACGUUCCUGGCUCCCACGUGGAGGGGGUGAAGGAGAUGGAGCGGUCGUACGCGGCCCUCGCAAUCGUCCCGGGGCAGUUCGACGACGCCGAUGCCGACGACGCCGUCAACGGUGCCACGGACAAGCGCGAGAAGAGCAUAAACGGUGGAAUGCCUGGAAUGGAGGGACUAGCUGGUGUGGUGGAAGCCCUACAGAUCGGGCACUAUGUGGAAACAUUGGCGAGAGAAGCGGAGGAGGAAGCAGCUGAGGAGGAGGAGGAGGUCGACAGCGAGGAAGAUGACGACGGCUGGGAUUGGGACGAUGCUUCAGAUAAUAUAUCCAAGCGCGUUAACAUCUACCGGAGUAACAACCAGCAGUGCAAUCGGCAAACGGCGCCCAAUGCAUUGAAGAUGUGUGCACCACAAGACAAGGCUUUGAGAAAGUUUGAAAAUAAGAUCUCUCUAGAAAAGUUGAACUUCGCCGAUUCUGUGAUCAACAAAGUGACGGAGCGCUGCAGGCAGAAGGAUGCUGAAAUGUACCGAGUUAAGGACAAGGCAGACAGGGCGACUGUGGAACAGGUGCUGGAUCCGCGGACACGCAUGAUUCUAUUCAAGUUGCUGAGCCGAGGGGUCAUCACGGCGAUCAAUGGGUGCAUCAGCACCGGCAAGGAGGCGAACGUUUACCACGCAUCGCACGGCGCGAACGAGAACCGGGCCAUUAAGAUCUACAAAACGUCCAUCCUCAUCUUCAAGGACCGCGACAAAUACGUCAGCGGCGAGUUCAGAUUCCGCCAUGGAUACUGCAAAGGAAAUCCCAGGAAGAUGGUGAGGACGUGGGCGGAGAAGGAAAUGAGGAACUUAACAAGGUUGCACACCGCAGGAAUCCCGUGUCCAGAACCGGUCAUGCUUCGCAGCCACGUACUCGUCAUGGGCUUCAUCGGCAAGGGAGACAUGCCGGCGCCGCUGCUGAAGAACGUGCAGCUGUCGGAAGGCAAGGCUCGCGAGCUCUACCUGCACCUCAUCCAGCACAUGCGCGCCAUGUACCAGCGGGCGCGCCUGGUGCACGCCGACCUCAGCGAGUUCAACCUCCUAUACCACGAGGGAGAGGUGUACAUAAUCGACGUGUCCCAGUCGGUGGAGCACGACCACCCACAUGCUCUCGAGUUCCUGCGGAAGGACUGCUCUAAUGUGAAUGAUUUUUUCAAGAAGAAUCACGUCCCGGUGAUGACGGUGCGCGAGUUGUUUGACUUCAUCACUGACCCCACCAUCAACGACGACAACAUCGACCAGUACCUGGACAAGGCUAUGGAGGUAGCAUCUGCACGGACAGGAGAUGAGCGCUCCUGCCAAGACGAGGUGGAUGAAGAGGUGUUCAAAAAAGCCUACAUCCCCCGCACGCUCACCGACGUGGUGGACUACGAGCGGGACUUUGACCAGAUGAUGCACGCCAAGGAGGAGGACGCGGCCUUCAGUGUGCAGCACGACAACAUCUUAUAUCAGACCGUUACAGGCUUGAGGAAGGACCUCACAGGAGCUCAAACGGUUCCCGCGCUGCUCGAGGAAGACACGGAUUCCAGUUUGAGUAACGACAGCGGCGACGACGACGGCGACGACGAUGGCAGCGAUGGCGUCGCUUCAAAUGGCGACGGACCGGAGUUGGUCCAUCCCAAGGACAGACCUCAAGAGUUGCCGGCGGAUAAGAAGGAGCGAAAAAAAGAAGUGAAGGACGCGCAGAGAGAAAAGCGGAAGCAGAAGACGCCAAAGCAUGUCAAGAAAAGGAGAGAGAGGCUCGGCAAGACAAAGAGCAAGUGAUGAUAAGAGAUGCCAGCCGAGAGCGAGACUUGCACGCGCGUGCCUCCACGGUUUAAAAAAAAUCAAGUUUUCGUGGACCGACGACACAAAAUGCCCAGUGGAUAAUGUAACGAAAGUAAUGUUUCUUUUUUAUGAGCUUCGUGUGUGGUUAAAUGGGAAAAUGCUGGUGGGUUUCUGCAGUCCCAAAGUGUAAAAGUUUUUUUUUAAAUUAGGAGCGUUACAUUAAUUUAAACACAUUCAAUGUAUUUUUUUUGAGCAAACAUCAAUAGAACACCGAUUUUGACGAUCUGCCACUGGCUGCUUGAAAUCCUGAGAAAUUGCAUUAAAACACCAGAACCCCUCUUCUGGUAUUGAUAUUGUAAAUAAAUACUUUGAAGUACAACUGUGUGUCUUUGAAUGUGGGAUUUGUUGCAUUUGAUCGCGGUGCCGAGGCUAUGUUUAACUGUUACAGCAUCGCGAACGAUAAACAAGGAGUAUUGAAAAUAAGUACCGGAUAUUCACAUUAACGUCGGUGUCCCGUAGAAGGUUUGAAUAUAACAAUUGGUUCUGAUGGGGAAAUUGCAUGGAAGUGUAAUGUUGAACAAUGUACUGUUUAGUGAAAUGUAUGGCAUGCUGCUGCCAUCAACGGUACCAGUUUUUUCUCCCCAGCGUGAUAGUUGCGACCGUGGGAGAGGUUCCUAAAUUCCUCCACCUCUCCGGCUAGCAGGUAGGUCCCACCUCUUCCAAGGCAUCUGGUCGGUGUGGAAGAGUAGACCAAAAUACCCUCCUGAGGGGCUUUCUUGAGCCACAUCUAGCGGAGACCUUUGCGCCAGACUGGUGUGGCCGAUACAUUGCAGAGCAGCGCCUUUAACUGAUGGUAAUUGAACCGCAAAAUGUGUCGGCAAAACAAGUAACGCACAGCUCUUGCGAAGGUUUCGCCAUUAAACCGAUCCUCCGCAUGCAUCUUUGUAACUUGGCUCCACGCAUUUUCACCUUGUAUAAAUUUGACCGUCAGCCUUAAAAUGUAUUCUCUUUCACAGGUUUCGGUGAAGCGGGUUUGAGAAAAAAAAUGCCGUGAUAUGUUGAACCCACAGAUCCAUUGCCCGUACAGAACACCGUAAUGAUACCCUCUUGGGAUGAGGUCAUGGGCUUGUGCUUCCAGGCCUGUCCUGGUCCAUUCACUCCAUUCAGCACCAUCUCAAUGCCCGCGUUGUUCUAUUUAUCCAUCAUUAUUGCUGUUAAAUAUACCAGAUGGUUGGUUU